ACAAGCAGGGAAGUUUCCGUCUGUCCGAAGUGGAUGGGGGUGAAAAUGUUCGGAGUGUUGCUGGCAUGUGUCUGGCUGGUUGCCGGCUCCCCGUUACAUCCCUGGCCGCUAAUACCACACAAAGAGUCUUCAAGAUGAGACUGACAAGGGAUACCAGCUUGUUCCACGAGGACGUAGUCUUCGAGGGAUCGAAUGGCCGAGAGAUCGCGUUCGACCCACUACACGCUUACAGCGGAAUCGUAGACGAGGACGAGAAUUCCUCGGUUCAUGGAAUCGUAACGGAAGAAGGUCUCUUUGACGGAACCAUUUUCACGGCAUCCGAUGAAAUUUACAUCGAACCAGCGAGCAGAUACGCUCCUCUCGUAUGCCAUCGGCAAGACGGAGAGCAUCAAGACACGACAGACACCAUGCAUCACCACACGAUCGCGUAUCGCUCGAUGGACGUGAACGUUUCGCACCAUAGUGGGUAUCCGUGUGCGAGCGAGCUAUUGCGAGAGAAUUCGUUGAACGAACUGAGAAUUUCAGAUGGCUCUGUCGAAGAUAGUCGACCGAAACAUGUUCCAAGAUUUUCAAUUUUAUGCACCCUUCGGACGGUGAGAACGAACAGAACGUGGAGUGGAUAUCUCGGGGACACAAUGCGACCGUUUUAUCAACACCUAAACGAGGGGAAGUCUCGGGCCAAGCCCGGUUUCUAUCCGAAGGACGCCAGGAAGAAGGACCCCAUGGCGAGCUCCCACAAUUUGGAGCUCCUCGACAAAUUAUACAGAGAGAGGUACUCGAGAGUUCUCCGGAAACGAACGUCCGUGGAUCCGAAGAAAACCACUUGCAUGUUGUAUCUGCAGGCGGAUCACACGUUCUUCGAUCAUUAUAAGUCGGAGGAGGCGUGUAUCGAGGUGAUGACGCGUCACGUGCAACGCGUCAACUCUAUUUACAGGUACACAGAUUUCAAUCAAGACGGUCAACCGGAUAACAUCAGUUUCAUGAUAAAACGCGUGAAGGUCCACGGCGAGGGAGCUCUGAACGACCCAACCUACAGAUUCACCGGUACAUACGGCGUCGAAGAGUUCCUGGAAUUGUUCUCCGAGGAGGAUUACGACGCGUUCUGUCUCUCGUACAUGUUCACUUAUCGCGACUUCGAGAAAGGAACCCUGGGUCUGGCGUGGACCGGGGACUUGAAAAAUGCCGGCGGUGUAUGCGAGAAAAAUGGGCACUACAGGGGUAGCAUGAAAUCGCUGAACACCGGUAUAAUCACCCUCCUGAACUACGGCAAACACGUACCACCGACGGUUUCUCACGUCACCCUUGCACACGAGAUCGGUCACAACUUCGGAUCCCCUCAUGACCCGGACGAGUGUUCGCCCGGAGGGGAAGACGGGAAUUUCAUAAUGUUCGCUAGAGCGACCAGCGGCGACAAACGAAACAACAAUCGUUUCAGUCCGUGCAGUCUGCUCUCUAUAAAUCCCGUUCUAAAUGCCAAGGCUCGCUCGUCCAAAGGCUGCUUCGCCGAGCCACAGAAUGCCAUCUGCGGGAACGGAGUGGUAGAAGAUGGCGAAGAGUGUGAUUGCGGUUGGGAGGAGGACUGUAACGACCCUUGUUGCCACCCUCAACGACUUCAUCAUGCCCCUCAUGAGAUACCAUGUCGUCUUGCCGAUGGUGCAGUGUGCAGUCCCAGUCAGGGCCCUUGCUGCACAUCCGGUUGCACUCUGCGCAACGGCGAUAAGUGCAGGGACGACAACGGGUGCAGGGACGCGAGCUUUUGCGACGGUCGUGGUCCCCAGUGCCCGCCAUCCAUCAACAAACCUAACAAGACCAUAUGCAACGAGGAGUUCGUCUGUUACAUGGGGGAAUGCACCGGCAGCAUUUGCCUGGCUUACGGCUUGGAAUCCUGUCAGUGCAUCGCUGGGCCCGAAGAUCCUCCCACCAAAAGCUGCGAGCUGUGUUGUAAAUUACCAGGAGAGGAUCAACCUUGCCUAUCAUCGUUCGCAUGGAAUUCAGCGCCCUACGAUAUUCCUGACAUGCUGUCGAAACCAGGCACGCCGUGCAACGAUUACAAUGGCUAUUGCGACGUCUUCCAGAGAUGUCGAGAGGUGGAUCCCAGUGGGCCUUUGGCAACUUUGAGACGGCUUCUUCUAUCGGAUGCGAGCUUAGCAAGCUUUCAGCGGUGGUUGGUCGAUCGCUGGUACAUCCUCGCCUUCAUCGUUUUCAUGUUACUCCUAACUCUGAUGUUCGUAGUGCGUCUGGUGAGGAAACGACGCAAUCGCUCGAAGAUCACGAUGGAGAGUCAGCCAAAAGCAGCCAACGAGGAGUCGAAGGAGUCCGUGCGGAAACUACGGUCCAUGGACAUUUCGCGUCUGAAAAGAAGACUGCUCGAGACGAUGAAGAGUAUCGCGUCUCCCAGACGAAAGAAGGAGGGCUACUCGCGAGACUCGUUGUUUUCCCGAAUAUCUCGGCUGAUGGUCAACGAUUCUGGCGUCCCCUCCGAGAAGCAGUCGAACGAAGGCGAAAAGCUGUACAAAAACAACGAACAAACGAAGCACGAGGAUGCCUCGAAGCAAAAAGUCGAAACGAGCCUAGUCUCGAGGAAAGAAACGAACUGGAGACGAUUUUCCUUGCCGUGGGUCGGUGAUCGUGGUUCGAGUUCCACCACGGGGCGAAGAAAAUUGGACAACGAUAAAUCGACGAGUGCACAGACUUGGAAGAAAAGUGUGCAGGUUGAUAAACUGUGCAAGACGUCGAAGACGGUCGUAAAUCCGCGCAGAAAGGGGGACAGAUAUCAAACGGAGCCUUUGGUGGUACCUGACACUCCGGACACUCCUGGUGAUAUUUUAGAAACGAGGAUUCAGACGUCCGAUUUGACUGUGCUGCUAGAUGACAGUUAGUUUGGGAGGAAAUCCUUGUUGUGGACAAUGCUGGGACAUUUUUCAAAGUUUUGAGGUCAUAUUUUUUUGGAAGAUGCGUAGGCUUCUUUGAGUUAAUGCAGGAGGACCUAGGGCAAUUAGGGAGACGGCCUAAAGGGACACUUGAGAGAUCUAAGAAUUCAGAAUCGAAAACUAUGUAGGCUCUUUAAAGAAUGUAGAGGGAGGCUUUCCAAAUGUAAUCUAGGCACUCCUAUUAACUGGCAGAAGCUUACGACACCCCAAUACUCUUAGAAUUUUAAGAUUUUCGAAACUCAAAGUUCAAAAUUCAAAAUUCAAGGAUCCUUUAAAAGCUUGCUUAAAAUAAACACUAAUUGUUUCACCAAUCUCCAACCUACAAACUAAAGUUAACACCAUUAUAGAACGCAUAUGGGCUUGAAUCAACCGUGAAAUGUUCUUUAAGUUUGAAUGAACGAUAAUUGAAGUAAUAUAAAGAAAACAGAGUGACACCCGACAAAAGCUUAAACUUUGAUUUGAACACUCGAGAAGCUCCACGGUAUAGCUUAUGAGAUAAAACGGACAAGUUUGAGGAGAAAUCCGUAUGUAAAUAUUGUACAGAGUCUCGUACCGAUAUCGUGGUAGAUUAGUUUCUAGAAUAAGGAUGAGAAGUUCGCGUAGGGCCGGAAGUUUGCGUAAUUGGAAUGGAUUCUUGUAAUUUGUGUAGUUCAAACAGCUCUUCGCGUAGAAGCGGACCAAAAGUAGACGAAAACGAAAAUUAUCGUCCAACGCUGAAAUCGUAGACGUGUAUAUAAACGAUCUACUGUUAUUGUAAAAUAAAACACACGUUAUCAUUCGUUUACUACCAUCCAACCAACUGAUGUGUUUCACCCUAACCUCCCUUCUUCGUUUACGAUUAAUUCAAAUAAUGAUUAAUUGCUGUGUUAAGAAAAUACGUUGAAAUAUUUGUUAUACGAUGAUGUUGGUUGCAUUCAGAUUCUACGAUUUGUUUCAGGAGUAUUUUACAUUAAAUUUUGUUCAUUGUUUUCGCCAUGUUGCAAUGCUUGUAUGAUCGAGAAAGUUAAAUACAAAUCGCUGUUGUAUCUUCUUAUAAAUGAAUGUGUAAUAACGAAAGGUAAGUUUAUAUAUAAAUUGAUUUAGAAAAUGUAAUAUAUCCGAAAAUGUAAUAAAACGAAAUUUUGGAUAAUGAAAUGCGAACAAUAAUAACCAACCUUACCAACCA